UCAUUAUCUGGUUCUUUCCUUCUCGAGAUUAAGGGAAGACGGACGGACGACAAUGGGAAUUUAUACGGAUGCGCGAUGCGCCGUGCCCUAAUUACGUGGCGAAGAAACCGACUCUAAGUUUUAGACGGCGCUGCGACAUUCCAAAAUGGAAAUAUGGUAGUAAGACGGGAAACGAAAUGACCUGUCUUCCUCAACUCACUUCUUUCGUCUUUGCCGAAAAAUUGGGAAGAGGAUCGUACGCAACCGUCUACAAAGCGUACAGAAAGGGAUCCAAAAGAGAGGUCGUGGCCAUAAAAUGCGUGGAAAAGUCGUCGCUGAAUAAGACUGCGGUGGAUAAUUUAAUUACGGAAAUUUCUAUUUUGAAGAAAGUCAAAAAUGAAUACAUCGUUGAACUCAAAGAUUUCGAGUGGGACGAUAAAUACAUCUACUUAAUUAUGGAAUACUGCAGCGGUGGUGACCUGUCACAUUUUAUUCGUCAAAGGAGAAGACUACCCGAAGUUAUUGUCUGUAGAUUUUUGCAACAAUUAGCUACUGCGUUAAAAGUUCUUCGUUCUAAUAACAUAACUCACAUGGACCUGAAACCUCAAAAUAUUCUCUUGUCCAAUAAUCAAGACCCAGUAUUGAAAUUGGCAGAUUUUGGAUUUGCUCAGUACCUAAAUCCUGAAGAUAGAGCUACAUCUCUGCGUGGUUCUCCCUUAUAUAUGGCUCCAGAAAUUUUGUUGAAACAUCACUAUGAUGCAAGAGUAGAUCUCUGGUCUGUUGGUAUAAUACUUUAUGAGUGUUUAUUUGGCCAAGCUCCUUUUUCCUCAGAUACGUUUUCUCAACUAGCGGAUAAAAUAAAGAGUACAAAGCCAAUUCAAAUUCCCUAUGGUGUAAAUAUCUCCGACAAUUGUCGACAUCUCAUUUUAUCUCUUCUGGAAAGAGAUCCAAAUAAAAGAAUAACUUUUGAAGAUUUUUUCAAUCAUCCAUUCAUUGACCUGAAGCAUAUGCCCUCUCCAGAAUCGUAUCAAAAAGGAGUAAAAUUAAUUCAAGAAGCUAUAUUGAAGGAUAGUUAUGGUGAUUAUAAUGAUGCUAUUCAAUUAUACUGUGAAGGACUACAGUAUUUAGUUCCUCUUGUUACUUCCGAAAAAGACCGGAGACAAAAAUUAAUUUUUCAACAAAAGGUAGGAAAUAUGUUUAAUAAAAUUUUCAAAUUUAUUUUAUACAGAAUAAUGCAAAUUACAGACAUUGCAUUAACCUCCAAUGAAUUGUUAAUUUAUAAUACUUUGAAACCACUGUUGUAUUAUGAAGAUAAGAUUCAAUAGAUAAUUAAGUUUAUUUAUUAAAUACGUUUAUGUGAACAACUGGGGUUAGCCAAGUCACCUAUGAUAGCUAUAAGCUAGUUCACUUUUGUAUCUCCCACUGGUGAGGUCGAUUGCCCAGAAACACUCGAGAAACUGUCAUAUAAUGCGAGUAUCAAUACAGCAAAUUUUUGUUAUUGAUUUAAGAGAUUUCAGUUAUAUUUGUAAUUAUGCACCACUCACUCAAUUGCAAUUUUAACUUAGGUUGGAAGUAACUAACUCAUAUUUCUUUGAUUGAAAUAAUUAGUUUCAGGAACAAAUCUUUGCUUCAGCAUUGCUGCAUUGUCUGUAUGAGACUAUUUAUGUGUAACAGUCAAGUCAUGAUGGGCCCAACCAGUUGAAAUCUUUCUUUUCUGUAAAUUGUUUGUUAAAAUAUAGGAUACUGAUGUUGGUGAAAUUCUUGUAGAUUCUAUAGUUUCUACACAUUGCUCAACAGUUGUUUCACAUGUUGCUUGUCCAUUGUCAUUUUUAGCCUUAUUGAUUUCGGGGCAUUGUUUAUACUUAAAUGUCCUUAAGAAAACAACUAAUCCAGCAGGAAACUGUACUCCAGUAUGUUGUUUGAUCACCGUGCGAAUCAUGCAAAGUAUUGAGAAUGUUUGUUGGACUUUUGCCAGAUAGUCUCAAUCUCGACGAUCGACCAUUGAUCUUUACACUUCACCUUAUCUGAAGCCUGUGCAUGAUUAUUUCUAACACUCCUUGGUCCAAAAUACCAUGUACUACAUGCACUGUAGAAAUAACAAAGCCACUUGACUCAUUCUCUAGUCUUACAUUAUGAUUGAUAUGUCAUUGAGAUUGCAUCAUCCGCUUGUGUUGUUGUUACAUUGUUCACCAUUAUGAAAUGACUUUUAUAUAUGUUUGACUGGAUUGUAAGUCAUCACAAAUUUAUUUAUAUCAUUUUUUCAAUAUUUUAAUAUGUGCACUAAAAAAUUUUUUUAAGAAUUUUUCCAUUUCAAAAAGUUCUGUAAUAAUUGUUAUCUUAUGAAUUUCUCCUUCAGCAUGUUUUGAAUUGCAUUUAUUUGAUGAUGAUUGAGUCAAAUUUGAAUGUUUGUGCGCUCUAUGUACCACUACUAUAAAUUAUUAUAAACAUAGAUAUUACAAUUCAUCCCUUUAUUAUA